AUGUACAAAGUUUUCGAAGCUGAACAAAGCACACAGUCUCAAGAAAUCAUCUGCGUAGACUCCUCCAAUAACCGACAGGCGAGCGAACGCAUGUGUACUGCUCAACGACCGCAGACCAACACACGAAUGUGCAAUAUAGAGUGCAUUGUGAAAUGGUCGACGGAAGAUGUCUCUCACUGCUCAGCGCAAUGUGGAUCCGGUGAAAAGAAACAACGUGUGUUUUGUGUGAAAAUUGAAGGCAGCCGACAGACCAUCACUAGGGAUGAGGAUUGCGAUCGAGCAACUGGUAGCCAGUUGGAACUUUGCAUAGUAAUUCACAUUGCUCCGGUACCAAUUCAAACUUAA